UCUCAGCUCUGGCUCCUUGCUCAUCCACAACCCUACGGAAAGGCUUAGGCUGUGCCUGUAUCCUGAUGGGGAGCACCAGGCAGAACCCCAAUUUCUCCAGCACAUCCCCAAGGUGAAAAUUAUCUACCAGCCUGCUUGCAAAGAGUAAAAACAAUGCUGGAGGUCACAAUUCCCCUUGCUGUUCACCACCAGCUGUGUCUCUAUGAGCUGCACCUGCUCCGGGGCUGCCCCGUGCUAUAAAACUGUGGUUGGGGGGUAGCAACAGUUUUUGCACGCAUGGAGGACGUCUCGCCACUGGAGCAGUACCUGGAGCACUGCGGCACGCAGGAUGACCUCUCUGCCAGUCCCCAGCUGUUUAAUCCUAUGAGCCCCUAUGACGUGGACCUUCCAAUUCAAGUAGCUGAAGAUGUAUCAUUUGGUUCUCAAUUUAAUCAGCCCAAAGAGCUUCCUGCAGACUUCUCCUCCGUGGAUCUCAGCUUUCUUCCAGAUAUUACCCAAGAUAACAAAGAACAAAAUCCAUCUGAAGAUGGUCAUGAAAUGCAAGGAGGGCUCAACGGAUCAGUGCCGAGAAAUGAUGACAGAGGGAUCUUCAAGGAGGAAAGCAGCCCAUCGUACCCAGGUGCAACGCAGCCAAGCCCAGGAGAACCUGGUGUGUGUCCUCCCCUGACACCAAUGACUCCUAUGACCCCAGUGACACCUGCAUCAGAGAGUUCUGGCAUAGUUCCUCAGUUACAGAAUAUUGUGUCAACUGUAAACUUGGCUUGUAAACUAGAUCUGAAGAACAUAGCUCUGCAUGCCAGAAAUGCAGAGUAUAACCCAAAGAGGUUUGCUGCUGUGAUCAUGAGGAUCAGGGAACCACGAACGACGGCCCUUAUCUUCAGCUCAGGAAAAAUGGUUUGCACAGGAGCAAAAAGUGAAGAGCAGUCACGGCUCGCAGCAAGGAAGUAUGCGCGUGUGGUGCAGAAGCUGGGGUUCCCUGCCAAGUUUCUGGACUUCAAGAUCCAGAACAUGGUGGGGAGCUGUGAUGUGAGGUUCCCCAUCCGACUGGAAGGGCUGGUUCUCACCCACCAGCAGUUCAGCAGCUAUGAACCUGAGCUAUUUCCUGGCCUUAUUUAUAGGAUGGUCAAACCGAGGAUAGUGUUGCUCAUCUUUGUGUCUGGGAAAGUUGUUCUGACUGGAGCAAAAGAGCGUUCUGAAAUCUAUGAGGCGUUUGAGAACAUCUAUCCCAUUCUUAGAGGUUUCAAGAAAACAUCAUGAAGCAGCCUGAAAAGUAGAUAGAAAUAACGUAUGGGUUUGUAUUGCUAAGCAUGGAAGAGAAGCCAAGGCUAUUCCUGGACCCAAAUGUAUAGAUGUGGAGGAUGAAAGUGAUGUUAUUGUGAAUGCUAUAAAUGCUGAUCCCUUCCUACAGUUUGUGAAAUGUUUUUUGCUUGCAGAUUUGUUGUCCAUAAUUCACUUUGGUUCUGACAACUUCCGUCAGGCAGAGAAGCUUACCAAACCAAUGUACCUUUAACAGCAUGCAUAAUAAGGUUGCAUUUAGUUUGUAGUUGAAACCUUCUGCCUUUUCCCUGUUGAACAGGCAAACUGACACUACAUUUCAAACCAACCGGCAACCCAGCUCCUGCAAUGUUGUAUUUUCAUGCUGACUCAUUCAAAUUCAAAAUACAUUUGUUUUUUUUCUAUACUACAGCUUACAAAAUCCAGCAUGACUUUAUUUCAGUGUUUGGAAGGCAGUGACUGCAGAGGACACCGGACUCCCUCUGAUCACACAGGUUGGAUCAACUGUUGUGUAACGGUGCUGGUGUUCCAUUAGCAGAGAAGAUAUUGAAGGGCAGUGCUGGAACACAUUCAGAAAGGGGGCUUGCUAAGCUAAUUGAUUAAUUGGUCAUGGCACGGGUUUUAACAAAAUGCUACCUGUUUGUGUUACUGAAGCCUGAUCAGAUGAUGACUGAUCAGGAACAGCCUUUAAAGUGGACUUGAGGAAAACACAAAAAAAGUCCUGGAUGCUCAGGGCUUAAUUAUCUGAGUUAUUUACCUAGAUAACAGCAAUGAAAGCAUUUGGUGAUUUUUGCAGCUGAUGCUGUGGGCCUCUUCCACUUUCCUCAAGCAAAGGCUUUCUUUGCUAGAGGUGUCUCUCUCAGGUGAAACAAGCAGGAAGAGUGUAGAGAUGAUUCCUUUACUGUUCUGGUCUCUGCUCCGAUUCUCUGGAAGCGAGAGUGCUUUUUCUUGUCUCAGAACAGAAUUUUGGUGCUGCUGGGCCUCAUCUCCUUCCCUUGUUUCCUGCUGAAGAUGGGACAGAUCUGUCAGUAAGCUCCCUGAGCCGCUAGAGGUUGCUAUUUGAUGAUUUAAGCGCAACCUAAGCUAAAAGCUGCCUGUCCUCAGUAGAAGCAUACAAUGUUGGCAAUGGUUUAAUGCAGGACAGAGUACCUGUCAUGUCUUGCUGCCACCAGCUUAUUUCUGAUUUGGAGAGGCAGUGACUUCAGUGUGUCUGAAAUCUCACUCAAGUACUUUUAUAACUUUGCUCCUCCGGAACAAAAAGCUUGGAAAACUUCAUGCACUUCCUUAUGAUAAACUGGUCUCAACUGCCUUAUCAGCUUCUUUGUCACAAGCAAACUGUGGGUUUCCAUGCUCAAAUCUAUUCUAAACAGAGACUGACUUUUCUGUUUGCUUUCCAACACUGCAGACUUUCCACCGCUGUGGGCUGAGCUUCUGUUUGCGCUGUGGCUGUUACAGCUGAUAAGCAUGAUUUAGCAGAAUCCUUGCAAGUGAAAAGCAACAACCUGCUCUUAUUGGUGUUUGGAGAUGGCUUAUCUGAGAUGAGAAAGAAAACUGCUUUUUUCAUCAAGAGCUGCAUAAUUUCACCAGUAAAAUCAGCGCUCUUUUAAGAAGUGCGGAAAGAGCUUGGAGAUAAGAAGUGGGCUCUGUCUUCUCAGAGCUGCUGAUAACCUCAUGUUUGCUAU